CUACUCUUGUCCCACAGGCGUGUACUCCACGAUGGCACCCCCCCCAACACCAGCCCGCUGGGCAUCAGCUGGAGCUGUAACCGUGCCGACGCAACCUCCCUCAUGUCCGUCAUGGGCGUGCAGCUGAUCCACGACGGGGGCACAGCCUCCGGCACCAGCCCACCCCAUCCACAUCUCUCACCGCCCGCCAAGCGGCCCCGGCACGGCACCAACACCGGUCCCGGCAAGGAGAACCAUCCUCACCGCUUCCUCGUGUCCAAGAGGUUCCGUAGAACCAGCCCUUCGGCAAAUGGUGGGAGCCGCUCCUGUGAUGAGCUACCGGAUGAGCUGCUGCUGCUGAUUUUCCGCGAGCUCUCCCUCCCUCACUUGCUGAAGGUGUCGCAGGUUAGCCGGCACUGGCACAGACUGGCGUUUGACCAGGCUCUGUGGUACAGUGUGGAUCUGAGCUCGGCCACUCUACCCGCGGGGACUCUGGGCCGAGUGCUGGCGUCCGGAGUGAUGGUCCUACGCUCCCCCCGCUCCUUCCUGGGGGAGCCCGGCUUCACCAACGACAGCCCAUUGCUGCUGCAACACAUGGACCUGUCCCACUGCAUCACCACCCCCCACACGUUGCUGCAUCUGCUGCGUCGCUGCCACCGGCUCAUCGGCCUCAGCCUGGAGGGGCUGCAACUCUCCGACCCCGUGCUCAGGGCCGUGGGCCAGAGCCAGGAUCUGCUCCGACUCAACGUGUCCAGCUGCUCCGGGUUUGGCCCAGACGCCCUGCACCACAUGUUGUCCAGCUGCUCCAGGUUGGAGGAGGUGAAUGUGUCGUGGUGUGGGUUUGGACGGCCCCACGUGGCUGUGACGGUGACUCAGGUGCCAGAGACGAUCACACAGCUCAACAUCAGCGGCCACCGGCAGAGCCUCACCGACACCGACGUGCAGGUCCUGUGUCAGCGGUGCACACGGAUCACCAACCUGGACAUGAGUGACAGCUCGAUGCUGACCCCGGCCUGUUUCCCGUCCCUCCAGCAGCUUCCUCACCUGCAGCACCUGGGCCUGAGCCGAUGCCAUCAUAUCCCAGCAGCAUCUGUGGGGGAGUUGGCCCACAUCACCACCCUGAAGUCUCUCAGCAUCUUCGGACUGGUGAAUAACUCCACGCUCAAUGUGAAGGACCUCAUCCCACAGAUCAAGGUCAAUGCCUUCCCGCUGACCAGCAUCGCUCGGCCCACUCCGGCCCAGGGAAAGACCAGGACGGUGUGGGGCAUCAGCUGCCGACUGGCUUUACGUACAUUCUGAUGUUCCAGCCUGUGUCAGCCUCGGCUGUGUAACGCCACUGGUCCUGGGGAGAGUGCCAGCUGUCUUUGUGCUGGCGUAAAGUGGACAGUGCUCCCCAAUCACAGGCCAGCGGUGGGGCCGGAGGGCAGGGGUCAGCAGUGAGCUCGGAGCGGUCAGUGAGGGUGGGGACAGUGAGCUCAGAGCGGUCAGUGAGGGUGGGGACAGUGAGCUUGAAGCGGUCAGUGAGGGUGGGGACAC